CACGGUUAACACAGUCGUGAAAAAACAACAACAUUACAAUCUUAUCUCUCCGCUUACUGACUGACCAACUGAACACACUGGUUGGUAUUAUUGCGCGCGCGAGUGAAUUCGGGGUACAACCAUUCGGUCACCGGGAAACCUUCUGGCAGUUGAAUUUCGGCGCCGAUCGGAAUACACGAGCUCGAGUUCGAGUCCGGGUGUGCGACACAAUUAGCGUUAAUUACAGCGAUGGAGCUGCUGAACGUGUCCAGCAGUAACGCGUUGGACGGAUUCCUGCAGCGGAAAUGGGACGCCUUCCUGGAUGUUGUGGGUGACGAACAGGAAUCCCUCUACAUCUGGUUCCAAAAUCUGUACGUGUACACCUUCUUCUGGCUAUUUGGCGGCCUGUACGUGCUCAUGGACAUCACAGGUUGGCCCAAGUUCGCGCGCCGGUACAAGAACCAGCCGGGCAUGAACGAACCCAUCACGUGGUCCGACAUCCGCAAGAUCGUCCGAGUGGUGCUGGUGAACCAGUUUCUCGUAGGGUUACCCCUGUCCUACACGCUGUUCCACCUGUUUCCCCGGGACGGUUAUCCGGACGUCCGGGUGCUACCGUCUCCGCUGGUGGUAAUUCGUGACGUGUUCAUCAACGGGGUCUGCUGGGAGAUUGGCUUCUACUACAGUCACCGAUUGCUGCACCACAAGAGCCUGUACAAGCUGAUCCACAAACAGCACCACGAGUUCACGGCUCCGGUAGCUUGGGCAGCGCUGUAUGCUCAUCCGGUGGAGCACAUCUUUAGCAACAUGAUCCCACCGCUGAUUGGGAUUGGCAUCAUGAAGUGCCACAUUGUGACGACCAUGGUGUGGUUCACACUCGUCAUCUCAAACACCUGCACGACCCACUCCGGCUAUCAUCUGCCCUUUGUGGGGAGUUCGGAGCGGCACGAUUACCACCAUCUGAAAUUCAACCAGUGCUACGGAGGCCGAGGACUGCUCGACUGGCUGCACGGAACCGACGACCAGUACCGCAAGUCCAAGCAGUACCAGCGGGACCGCCGCCUUUGGAGUCUGCAGUCCGCCCGGGAGCUUAUCCCCGACGAGAAGCGCCACUAAAGAAGGCUUUGGCGCUUCGAUAAAUUCAAUUUGUUCGCGUUAUUGCUGUCUAUAAUGCUGAAAUAAAAGAAGACGACCAAGACGAAGAGAAUGUGUGUUCAGAAGGGCAGGUCACAACCUGUUAAGCCAAUAAGUUCAAGUACAUCCAUUAUGUUCUACGCGGAUUAUCUGUGCCGCCUUGCCUAACGGCCUAUAGGCAACGACCAAGUUAGGGAGAGUGGGACACAGAUAAACUUUGCUGCUCUAAAGCUCUCUGCACCCACCAACAAAACGAUUGUUUCGAGAGGGUUUAUUUUAGGCUGUUUGUGAAAGGAACAAAAAAAAACAAAGCGAAUGAUAAACCAAAUACAGCAAGCCUAAUCAGAUGGAAUCAAAGUUCAAUAAACAAACAAAGUGUGAAGCAGGGGUAGCAAAAAGAAAAAAAAAACUGGUGAUAAACCUUUAAUCUAUUUAAAUUUAAUUUAUGACUGAAAAUGUAAGGAACUUGUUGCAUUUUACGAUGGUGGGGAAAUAAAGCAAGGUCAUGUUUUUGUA